CGAAACUCGAGCACGCGAUUGCGCUCGAUUCUAUCACAUGAUCGUAGUUGGGGCAGAGCAGGGUUAGGUAGACGUAUUUUUCAUUCCUCAAAUCAUCAGAUUCUCAAAAAAGUAGAAAAAUGUUCCGGCAGAUAUUAUGCGUGGCUGUCACGCUGGCUGCAGUUCAAGCCCAUGGGACAUUCACUAUCAUGCACAGCCCAGAGAGCGUCACGUUCCAUGGAAAUGAGGAAGUUUGUCAAAGCCUGCUACCUGAGAUUUUCAGUUUAACGCUUGGAUACACUACGAAAAUGAGAGGCUCGUGGGACGGAAUGAGAAUCACGAAUAUCUUUGAUCUACCUGAAGCAGUAGUCGGCGUCGCCAUAGAAGGUGUGACAUCUAUAGAACCGCCCAGAGGCAAACAUUACCCUCUGAUCGAAGAUGAGUCAGAAGAAACUACAUGGCAAGCUUUGAGUGGUCGUCUUGAAGAGCGUGACAACUCUGAAACGGUUGUCAGAAUUAAUACUGCAGAUGGUGUAGAUGCUCUGGGACGAUCUGCUCUUGGAGAGUUGAAACUUAAACCAGUCAACGUGGCAUCUUUAAAAACACUUAGUUUAGAAAAUGAGUCGGACAGGAAAUUUUUGGAAGAAAUACAGUUGCUGGACGCUUUCACAAACAAAGUAUUGUCAGGAAUAACUAUCGAUGACAAAACAGAUCUUUACUGGUUCGUCGUCUCCGCACUUUCGCCUGUAAUCGAUUCUCACAGGGAUAAACCAGCUGCAGUUAAAGAAGCUUUGGCUAUUCUCAAUGAUGCUCUUAGUCGUCUCAGUAACGCAUUCGUGGAUGCUUACAAAGGAAAGGUAAUCAUCGCUGUAUUCACAAAUGAUGCUUCUCACGUUCGACACACACGUGCUGCAGGUGACGGAGUUGGUAGUCGUGUUGACAAUAUAACGGCCCAAAGUAGCCAUAAAACUGUAGAAUCUACCACAGAAGGUAAAAUUAAUCGGAGUACAAUUGAAUCAUAUGAAAGAAAGCCAAGAGUUUUACAAAUCAAGAGUAAUACCAUUAACGCCUCCAAAGAAUAUGACGCAACCUAUCCCGUCAUGUUCACCAUCUUCCUGUGGUUUGGAGUAGCCUUCGUCUUCUCAUUGAUCGCCAUUUGCAUUACUAUCGCCGACAUGGAUCCGGGACGUGAUUCGAUCAUCUACAGAAUGACCUCCAACAGGAUGAAGAAGGAUAAUUGAAUGUAAAAACAUCUAUCAGUGAUAUCGAAACAUCGUGAUGUGAAGAUAAAUGUCCGCUUCAAUGUGUGGCACAAGUAUAGUUGCUAGUAAAUUGUAAAUUCCAUAUUUAUAAAAUGUAUCAUUAUUGAUUUAAUCACAUUCAAUGCGUUAAAUUCGUUCCCAACACCUUAGUCGAGUUUGAGGAAAGUAUUAGCGCGACUCUACCAUCAUUAAUGAGGAAUCGUAGGUAACGAGGAUAUGUCAUACCACAACCCAUUGCCCAGUAUUCCUUGUCGUAUACAUAACGUAAUAUGGUUAAUUUAACAAGUUCGUACCUAGAGUUUAAUUGAUGAGUAUAAAUAUGUUAAUGACUAAGUUUAGCUAUCAAUUUACGUAGAUAUUUAGCACGAAGGUGAAGGAAGUAUAAUAAUAUGUCUGUACAUUAUGUUAUUUAGGAAUGGAUGAUGAUGAAGAUGGUAAUGAUAAUAAUAAUAUUAAUGUAUAUUUCAAAGUAAUAUUUAAAUUCAAUUUAGAUUGCCGAUAUUCUACGUUAGUUGUCAAAUAAAUUGAAUUGACACAA